AAGGUGUACAAUAGAAGACAUGAAGAUUACAAGCAAGGUGGAAAGGCCAAAGUUAACCUGAUGUACCAAGUGAGGCUGGGUAUAUUCUAUGAGGAGCAACAUGAAGUUGUGAUUGAACAGCUAAUGGCUAUUUUCUGCAAGACGAACUUCACUUUACUGGACUAUAUAUUGAAAGUGCUUCUUCCUGAGAUGCUUGUGAAGAUCUACAUGGAUGUGAAACACAGCACCCAUGAUGAGGCAGAACAGUUCAUGGAAGAUGCCUUGGAAAACAGUCAAGACUUUAUGCUCAUUGAUAAAACUGUUUGAGUUUUACAGGACCAUUUACAGGACCCUACCUACCUAGGCCUCACGUCGGGUACACAAAAAUACCCUACGCAAGCAGGGUAGGUCUCAUAUUAUUUGAUAGGUAUUGAACAUGUUGAGUUGUUUUAUUUCCUGCUGAUAUGUCCAUCACUUUCCCAGUACAUUAAAGGAUUAUUCAAGUGUUUCAUUAUGGGCUAAAUCACAUUUAUUUUAUUUCAUUCUCAAGAAUUGUUAGAAAGGAACAAAAAAAAACAAUUGCACUAAAAACAAAAAAUG